GCGGGAUUGGUACAGUACCGCUAGAGAUGCUGUGGUUUUGGCACUGACAUCAGCUGAUUGCCCCUCCGUACUUACCGUACCCCUGUCCACUGCUUUGUUGCCAUGCCCUGAAGAUGGAUUAUGCCUCGGUCUAGCCAGUCGAUUCGGUACCCGUUAAACAAAGCCUGGACGGCCCCAGGUGGACACUUCAACUGUGGAUGGGCUGAGUUGGGGAACAGGUACAGGAGUUCUGGCCGGAGUUCCUUAUGAGAAACAUAUCAUGGCGUCUUGUGCUUCUCUCGGUGGGCUGGCGCUCUCGCGCGUGUCAUGAUGAGCUACAUCAUGCCGUCACUUGUGCCUCCACUGGUAGAGAGACUGCCUCAUGGGGAAUCCCUCGACAAGGUGGUAGGAUAUGCAGUCGCAGCUACAGCCUGGAUUGACGCUUGAGUUAAUAAUGUUCCAGACACCAUCCCGUCUAGCUAAGUACAUCCUAGGCGGCAGGAAUGCUCCACGAUCAAUUCAUCCGAUGGUCCUAGACUCCUAGGGCAACUUGCACAGGCUCCGGCCUCAACUCCGGCUCCGGCUUCCGCUCCCGAGAGGUGAGACUCGGAGGGCCGGAGCAGCCCCCAUCCGGCAGCGUAACCUCCGAGGAGAGACGCCGUCCCCGGGGGAAAAGCCCGUCAUUCGGGCAGUGUUGGACAGAUCGCCGGCCUUCAGUCCGCCGCCAUGACACAACCUCGCAGACGCUCAUGGGCACAGCCCAACAUUUCGGCUCCCCUGAUCAACGGCGUAUCUUGCUUCGUCUUCCCGCCAUACCACCUCGAGCAUUACCACUGCCAGACAAUCCCGCCACGUCGUCAAAAGUAUGCCUCGCUACGCCCAAGCGCGUUUGAUCGCCCUUCGUCCAGACCGUCUUUCGAGGCCCUCUCUCUCACAGGUUACACGCCUCCCAAAUCCCGGACAGGUGGGAUUUCGCCCAGAGGGUCCAACCACCAUAGCCGCCGUGACCGUUCUCCCGGGACACCUAUUCUCACCUGCCUCAUCGACAUCCACCCGAUUUUCGGGCCCUGUCAUCGUCAUCGUGGCAUCCGGGUCCCGUACCCAGACCCUCUCAGGGAAAGGACAUGGAACAACAAGCGCCAGACUGCCACAAUCGGCCUUCACAGCAACCUCCUUACCCGUUCUGGCCAUGCCUUGAGACGUUACAAGGUACAACCUGCAGCAGACCCUCAUGGCCGCCCACUCACAUGACCUAGACGGCGCCGACAGAACGGUAAAUUGGAAGUUCUUCCUCCUUUCUUUGCUGUGUUGUCUCCUGCAGGUUGGCGUUUGCUGCUGUUGGAGCGGCGUUGGGGAUUUGUAAAGUGUUCGCGCGUAGACGGCUCGUGUGAUUGGUCGCGCUUGGCGACGACGAGGACCGAACGUCGAAACCCCCCGUCAUCGCGGCAGAGCAUGUUCUGCGGUUGGUUCGAUCGUUGGUACUAACCAACAGCGUCUUUUUUGUUUGCUUGUCUUGGCUGUUGUAGACGAGGCACUCAUAUACCGCGAUGUCCUCUGCGUGUAUGUUCCGGCCGAGUGGCUUUCCUUUAGUUGAGGGUAUCUGUUUUGGUUGGAUUUCCUUUGGUAUUACAGUCUAUCUACAUCUCUUUCAUUCUCUACAACCGUUCUCUUCUGGAAGUCCUUCUGUAAUCUUUGCAUAAACAACAUGGCCUCAGUAGGAAGCUGGCGGAGGCUAUGCAUAAUAAUCUGGCUUCUCUACACCGAAACCUGCGUCUCCGGACUACAAAUCACACCCCUAUCGCUACCAACAUCAACCCCCCAAAAUAUUAACAACCAACUUACACCAAAAUCAACAUUACGAGCCGAUGCCAGCUGCCCCGUCAAAGGCUACACGGCCUGCGGCAACGGCAUGGCAGACUACUUUUGCUGCCCCAGCGAAACGACAUGCAUGGUGCUCGCGGAGAAAACCACCGCCCUAUGCUGUCCAAAGGGGUCUUCGUGCGAGACCAUCUCGCCCAUCACCUGCGACGUCACCUUACAAGACGUAGUCGAGAACCCGACGAGCCCGAUACACACCACGAAACUGAAAGAGUCUCUGCCGCAGUGUGGAAGCAAGUGUUGUCCGUUUGGGUACACAUGUCGAGGCGGUUCUGCCUGCGUCUUGGACGACGGCCAGGAGGAAGAAGGGUCUCAGACUUCCAGCACAUCAGUCUCAUCUACAAAGACAAGAACAAGGACUACAACAAGCGCGACGCCGACAACGGCUACCCAGGCAGCGACGACGACAGCCGUCGAGACAGUUCCAGCUGCCUCGCCGACACCAUCCGCAAACCCAGGCGAUGACCUCCCUACCCCAUCAGCAGUAACAUCCCCCUCAGAAACCACCCCCGCCGCCGCAGCAGCAGCCGCCUCCCCGAGAACCUCAACCUCGGGCGGCAUCAUCGCAGGCACCACCGUCGCAGCCAUCGCCUCGGUAGCAGGCCUAACCUGCCUCCUUUGGUUCAAGCGACGCUCCAUCUCAGAAAGCGUCGGCUCCGCAAAGUUCCCUCGCCCCUGGCAACAACUGCGCCAAAACGGCUCGGACCAGGACGUCUCGUCGCUGCCGCGGUACAACUCCCCGCCGCCGGCGUACGCCGUGGAGAUGAAGCCGCCGCUGGCGAAGCCGUACACGUGGAAACACUACAGCCCGGACUCCUUUGGCCGCGACCGCCACGACAGCCGUCGCUAUGACGACCACGACGACGGCAGCGUUCCCGUCCCCGUUUCUGUUGCGCUUGCUCUCGCUGUCGAGUUGCCCGCUACGCCGGUUUCCUUUAGCCAGUGGCGUGUUCGGGAGGAAGGGGAGGCGACGAGGCCGCGGUCUCACUAUGAACCUUACCGGCGUCCUUCAUGAUUGGAAAUGUCUUUCUUCAGGAAGGCUUUGUUCCUGUCUUGGGUGGUUCGGCUUCUGCCUUUUUGAUAGACUGAAAAUUGUUCUACCCUUUUCCUUUGUGUUGAAAUGCUUGCGCUUGUCGAGCAAAUAACCUGUUACGACAGAUAUGAGACACGAUUUCUGUGCACUACUAGGAGACAUAAGGAGGAAAUCUAGAAUGGGAUCAUGAGUUCAUCUGCCUACGAGUAUGAACCAAAGCCUUCUCGCGCCUUUGAUGUAGUUGUUGAUAUAGCGAGGUCCUUCAUGCGAGUGAUCCCAGAUGCGCCUGAUAUUAUAUCAGUCUCAGGAGAAGCUGUAGUAACACAACCGGC